AUACUUCAAGUCAAUAAAAAUAAAAAUAAUUAACAUAUACCUCAUAUAUAUAUAUAUGUAUACAACAAAUAUAAGUAUUUUAUUAGAUAAAUAUAUAAUAUAAGUGAAAGGUUUUGUUAAAUUAUAAAUAAAAAUAUUCGCCAAAUGUGGCGCUGAGUUUUUCGACAGAACAAAUAAAUCCGUAUCGUAAACUCGGAUGGUAAAAUUCACGUAAAAAUUAAGUGUAACAAUUAUAAGUCUGAUUAAAAUAACAAAAAAUAAUAAUACCGGGUUUAUUUAGAUUUUUAAAAUAUUAUUUAAAUUUACCAACUAGAGGCUCUUUCACAAAUCAAUAAAUAAUAAUCAACAAUUAAUAAAAUACUCCGAGAAACGACAACCGUGUAAAUUUCAAAUCCACCCCGUGCUUAGCCUAAAAAUUGUUAAAAAUAUAUUCCUAAUUAAUUAAUUAACUAGAUUGCUUGUAAUUUACUUAAUGUCGCAUUCGAUAUAAAAUUCAUUCAUUCAAAUAAUCGAUCAAAAAAUUAUUUUUAUAAGCAAUUGUUAUUAUGUUUUAGUCAUAUUAUUUUUAUUAUAUAUAUAGAUAUAUUUAUUUAAAUAAAUUAAUAUAUCGCGUACUUUAUUUUAUGAAUAUUUAUAUAAAUAAUUAAAUUAAUAAUGGCAAAUAUCGCGGCACAAAGAAUAAAACGGGAAUUCAAAGAGGUUAUAAAAAGUGAAGAGGUAGCAAAGUGCGCAAUCAGAGUUGAGUUGGUCAAUGACAGUUUUACUGAAUUGAAAGGAGAAAUUGCUGGUCCACCGGACACGCCGUACGAGGGUGGUAAUUUUGUUUUGGAAAUAAAAGUACCCGAGACGUAUCCAUUUAAUCCACCUAAAGUGAGGUUCAUCACAAAAAUUUGGCAUCCAAAUAUAUCAUCAGUAACUGGUGCUAUUUGUUUAGAUAUUUUAAAAGAUCAAUGGGCAGCAGCUAUGACUCUCAGAACAGUUCUAUUGAGUUUGCAAGCAUUAUUAUCAGCAGCAGAGCCAGAUGACCCUCAGGAUGCAGUAGUUGCUAAACAAUAUAAAGACCACCCUGAAAUGUUUCGUCAAACAGCUAGACACUGGACUUCAAUGUACGCCGGAGGUCCCGCUAAAAUGCCCGAAUUAACAGAUAAAAUUAGACGGCUAACAGACAUGGGCAUCGACGAACACAAUGCGAGAGUUGCUCUGUCUUCAUACAACUGGGAUUUGGAACGAGCUACUGAGCAAUUAUUCAGUUAGUGUCUGUUGCAUUGUUUUUUUAUAUAUUUUUUCCUCAUACCGUGUCUCAAUCACCCUCUAAAUUCGAGUUAUAAAAAGCAGAUAAAUUUAAACGUUUAUUUAAAUAAUAGAAAUGCAAUUCGGCCAACUAUUUAGCGAAACAAUUAUACCAAUGUAUUAUAUCUAUAAAAAAUAAUAAUAAUUAUAAAUAAUAAUAAUAAUAAUAAUUAUAAUAAAAGUAACGAUUUAUCUUGGAAGUUGAAUUAUGAAUCGAAAAUAAAAAUUUUGUAUAUUUUUUGGUGUUGGGUAAACGCUUGGAAUCGGAUUUUAAAAUAAAAUCGAAAUAAUUUACAUUCCACGAUUUAAAAAAAACUUAAUAAAUGAUAAAUUAUGUAAAUGUUGAAAUAUAAAUAUUUUUGAUGUUUUACUCAAUUAAUGCGAUCCUUAAAUUAUAGAUAAUUACUUUC